CCGUCUCCAUCCAUUAGGGUUAGCUGCCUCUCCGAUCCCUCACAUACCCAGCGCAUGGACAUAUCCUGCCUUUCGGCUGUGCAUAUCAGUUCUGUGGGCGCCAGACAUCCCUGCGGCUGCUCUGCGACCUCCCACCACACGAAGACCCUCCGCCGUGAGGAGGAAUGCAUAUAAAGCAUGCAAGGGCAUGGAGCCAGCAGCAGCACCGAGCGUCCGAGUCCAGCAGUGAGAAGGCUAGCCAGUGAGGUGAAGCUGGUACUCUGCAUUAGCGAGCCAUUUCUGCUUCAGAGACAUCUCCAGCACACGUUAAGCCUUUUCACGUAGACAGACAUCAGCGGUAGAUAAACAUUGGUAGCUACGUGACCCGAGCGAUGCUUUCCUCCCCAGGGAUUAACGCCAUGCUAUCAGGACAUCCACAACCAAUUGAGAGCGAUUUGUAAUUAGGGGAAGGCAACUAGAUGCAACACGUUGCUGGCUGACUAGCGUGGCUUCCAGGACCUCAAGGUGUCAUUCAGCCCCAGACUUUAUUCAUGGGAUGAGGGCCUCCUCUGUGUACUGCUGUAUCGCCCCUGCGCUGUCUGGCCUCUCCUCUCUCCCUCCCUCCGCUCUCACUCUGGGCUCCUGACGUCUCUCAGGGCUCAUGCGGCGCUUCGUCUACUGUAAGGUGGUGCUGACCACCUCGUUGGUGUGGGUGCUGGUGGAUGUCUUCCUGCUGCUGUACUUCAGCGAGUGUAACAAAUGCGACGACAGGAAGGACCGCUCCCUCCUGCCCGCUCUCAGAGCGGUGAUGUCUCGUACUCAUGAGGGUCCAGGAGAGAUGGGGAAAGCUGUAAUCAUCCCUAAGGAGGAUCAGGAGAAGAUGAAGGAGCUCUUUAAAAUCAACCAGUUCAACCUGAUGGCCAGUGACAUGAUUGCACUCAACCGGAGUCUGCCUGAUGUCAGACUGGACGGCUGUAAGACGAAGGUGUACCCCGAUGACCUUCCCAACACCAGCAUUGUGAUCGUUUUCCACAACGAGGCAUGGAGCACUCUAUUGCGCACUGUCCACAGCGUCAUCAACCGCUCGCCCAGACACCUGCUGGUGGAGAUUCUACUGGUGGAUGAUGCCAGUGAGAGAGAUUUCCUAAAGAAGAAGUUGGAGGAUUAUGUGAAGACCCUAGAGGUUCCGGUGCGGAUCUUGCGGAUGGAGCAGCGUUCUGGCCUGAUUCGGGCCAGGCUGAGAGGUGCUGCUGCCUCCAGAGGCCAAGUCAUCACCUUCUUGGAUGCUCACUGUGAGUGCACGGUGGGAUGGCUGGAACCGCUGCUAGCCCGGAUCAAAGAAGACAGGAAAGCUGUGGUCUGCCCCAUCAUCGAUGUCAUCAGUGAUGAGACUUUUGAGUACAUGGCAGGCUCGGACAUGACUUACGGAGGGUUCAACUGGAAGCUGAACUUCAGGUGGUAUCCAGUUCCACAGAGAGAGAUGGACAGACGCAAAGGAGACCGCACCUUACCUGUCAGAACUCCCACCAUGGCCGGUGGCCUGUUUUCUAUUGACCGAAGCUAUUUUGAGGAGAUUGGCACGUAUGAUCCUGGAAUGGACAUAUGGGGAGGAGAGAACUUAGAGAUGUCUUUCAGGAUCUGGCAGUGCGGUGGGUCUCUGGAGAUUGUCACAUGUUCCCACGUGGGCCACGUAUUCCGGAAGGCAACUCCUUACAGCUUUCCUGGUGGAACUGGCCAGGUGAUCAACAAGAACAACAGACGAUUGGCUGAGGUUUGGAUGGAUGAAUUCAAGGACUUCUUUUACAUCAUAUCGCCAGGUGUAGUGCGAGUGGACUAUGGAGACGUGUCAGCCCGUAAGGCUCUGAGAGAAGCUCUGCAGUGUAAACCUUUCUCCUGGUAUCUGGAGAACAUCUACCCCGACUCGCAGAUACCACGCAGAUACUACUCGCUCGGAGAGAUCAGAAAUGUGGAGACCAACCAGUGUGUAGACAACAUGGGGAGGAAAGAGAAUGAGAAAGUUGGUUUCUUCAACUGUCACGGCAUGGGUGGGAACCAGGUGUUUUCAUAUACAGCAGAUAAAGAGAUCCGGACUGAUGACCUGUGUCUGGACGUAUCUCGUUUGAAUGGACCUGUGGUCAUGCUCAAGUGCCACCACAUGAAGGGCAACCAGAUGUUUGAAUAUGAUGCUGAGCGCCUGACCUUGCUGCACGUGAACAGUAACCAGUGUUUGGACAUGCCUUCGGAGGAGGACAAGAUGGUUCCCACUCUGAGAGACUGCAACGGCAGCCGAUCACAACAGUGGCUCCUGAGAAACAUGACCUUAAGUAUGUGAACUGGACAGGUUUUGACCCAAGCUAAGAGCACAGGACUUUUCCUCAGUCAUUACUGGAGUUUGUUAUGGUCUUUAACCUGCACCUCGGAUCUGCAGUGUGGGUUACUCCAGAACUGAAUCUGCUUUGACAUGACCCAUAAAGAGCAUGUGUCCCAGAACUCGGAGUCCAAUAUAGAUUUAGAUGCAGAGUGUUUGGAACUGAGCCUGUGUCUCCGGUCAUCUUCUCUGGGUCUGUCAUCAUGCAUUUUCCCUCAGCUGUCAGCUCAAGUGUUGCUGGAACUCUUGCCUCUGGAACAGGCCACUACUAGUCACUGGCCAAUGGUAUCCUACUUUUCAUUCGUCACUAGCAUAGCCUGGGGCGUGAAAGAGCUAAAGCCAGAAGCCAUAAUCCGGUAGCAUCUGCUCUGGCCACUCUGGCCACACUCAGAGUGGCCUCCAUCUGGAGCUAUUCCGAAGACUGAUCAUUAUUCUAUGGCUCAGAUGCUGGGCCUGAGAACUCUGGUGACUGUUAUUCUUUGCUGUCAAUUCUGUACUACACCACCCACGAUUCUUGAAUUUCCACAAGACAAGCGUUUUGCCAGUGAUUGGUGAAUGUAUGCGCCAAUGUUGUCAGUUCGCUUGCUCUCAUUGUGUUCUGUAUGAUAUUGUUCAUAAAUACAGCUGAAAGUUAUGCUAGUCAGGAAUCUAAACGCAGUCUGACUUUCCUAGUGCAUAACUAUCUAAAGCAGCAUUUGCACCUCCAAACACCUGACAUCCCAGGUGUUGGCCAUAAUGUUAAAGUGAUAAAAGUAGAAUCUGUACAGCAAAAUAGUUUUUAUCAUCCCUGCUGUUGUUUUACCAUAAACUCCUGGCAUAAGAGAAGGAUUUCUGGCUAUGUUUUUUUUUUUCUUUCUUUUUUUUUUGCAGAAGGCAGCACGCUGUACAUACAAAAUAAUGAAACAGUGCAGUUUUACAGCUACCAAUUUCAACACUGAUAUCUUGCUGAGGGACUGCAAUAUACUGUUAUGCCUUAAGGAAACUUAAAUGGAAGCACUGAGAACUAUAAUAGAAUCGCAGCAACAUGUUGGAAUUGUGAUGCAUAUCAUGUAAGAGUAAGGAUAACAGAAUAUCACCUGCUGUUAUUUGUUCCUAGUUUUUUGAGAAUGCCUAAUCCCAUACUUGAGGUUUCCUCGAGAUACAGAUUCUAAAGAGUCUGUCUGGCCCAGUCUGUUUAAUUGACUGCAAAAAAGAUGAAAAAGGCCAAAUUUGAACAUGUUAGAUUCACAAAGUAAUUCUGAGUAAAAAUCAACUGUUAUAAACCAAAAUUGAUGUAACUUGUAGAUUUUAGAUUGUGAAAAGACUGAAAGUUGUAGCUUAUGUAAUUUUUAUGUAAUUUUUUAAAAUAAUGCUUUCAUUAAGGCGUGUUUACCAAGAGCAUUCCAUUCUGUCACUUAGUUUUGGCUGUUAUCUGUGUAUUUUGUCAAAUUUAGGUAUAUAUGCCACAUUUCCUUAAUGUAGCAUUUGAUACUGAAAUGACUCAUGCAGCUUUGAAACAUUGCCAUAUCAGUCUCAAUAUACUGCCUAUUAAUUUUGAGUAUUUUGCUGUAAUUUUGCUCACAGUUCUCUGCUUUCAUGUUAUGGAGCAGCUGUCUGGUUGUAAAUAAUAUGAAAUCAGUCUUUUUAAGCAUUGUUGUAUAUAUAAAAUCAAUUAUUUUUUUAAGAUGACACUUGAAAGCCCUAUUGAACUCUAUGAAGUAGAAUUCCUUAUCAAAGUGCAUUGGUGUGUUUUAUUGUUUCUAGACAUACUAGAUAUAGUGUCUCUAAGCAGAAUUAAAGUGACUGUUCUCAGUCCAAGAUCUCUUUACUACUUUAUUGACACUUCUGUUUCAGUAUUUAAGAUCUGUAUUGAAUAACUGAAAUCUAUUUGACAGACUGAAUAUUAAAGGAGUUUGGUUCAGUGUGUUAAACAUGAUUCAUUUCAGACAAAUUUCAUAAAUGCUUGUGCUUAGACAUCACGGGAUGAAAUUCAUAAUUACACUUCGACCCAAAGGAAACAGAACCAUGUUACUCCCACUCAUGUACUGUUUUAUUAACAAGCUAAACAUCUCAGUGGGCUUUUUAUCAAGUGCAUGGUACAAAUACAAUGUAGAUUGCCUUUAAACAUGAACAACUCUAAAAUGUGUAACUUUGUAUUGCUCUUGGGUGAAAAUAUUUUUGGUUUUGUUUUUUUUUUGUUUGUUUGUUUUGUUAGUAACAAAUAUUGGCAGAAUCUGACUUUACCAUGCAUAUUUAAUAGAUGAAUAUCAAGCAGAAACUGUGAAUCAUAAUAAACCACUGUUGUUGAA